AACCUUAUUUAAAAAAUAACAAAAGAAAAUAAAUUGAGAUCCAGAGAUCAUCUAUAGAAAUAUCAAAGAGAAGUAGCCAGAGAUGGGAAACAAAGUGAGAAUAGGUGAAGGGAUUCUUAGGCUAAUAUCCAUGGUGUUGGCCACCAUGACUGCCCUUGUCAUUGGCCUUAGCACUCAAACAAAGACAGUCUUCUUCAUUGAAAAGAAGGCCACUGCCAAGGACUUGCAGCCACUCUGGAUUGCAAUAAUUGUAGCUUCAGUGCUUGCUGGUUAUCAACUCAUUCAAUUGUGUAAAUGCUUGGCUUCAACUUGGCUUUCACUUUCAGAAACUACUUGCAAAUGCACUCUUCUUUUGGCUUGGCUUUCCCUCUUCUUAGACCAGGGAACAACAUACUUGAUGUUUGCGAGCACGGUAGCUGCGACACAAGCAUCAAUGAUAGCAGUCACCGGAGUCAAACCCAUUUCAAUGGACUAAGUUAUGCAACAUUUACACUAUAUUUUGCUUUCAAAUAGGUGGAGGUAUCUUUUGCGGCUUAAUGGCUUCUGUCGCUAUGGCUUUUGUCGCUUCUAUUUCUGCCAACCGCUUCUUUAAACUUUAUUCUUCUAAUUAUCGUCUA